AUGAGCUCCGACUGGCAGAAGCUCGCGGACUUGUGGUACCGCAAGCCAGAGGUCUAUCCAGCUCAAUGGACAGAUGAUCCGGAGCGAUUGCAUUUGUGUGUGGCAGCUGGAGAUAUUGGCCUGACAGACGGUCCCUUCAUGGCCUUCUCUUUGUCGAGCAGUGGCCGCCUACUGGCAUGCUUGAGCACCAAAGGCGUGUUCAAGGUUGUAGCUGUCAGUGACGAGCUGAAAGUCCUCGACGUUGCAAAUAUUGAACGCAUCAAGAAGCCAAAGCAAAUGGUAUGGUGCGGAGACGAUUGCAUUGCCUUGUACUUGAUUGCCCCUUCAGACCACAACACUAUCUUCAGCAUCGGCAGCUAUGAUCCUCCGGCCUUGCUCCUCUAUGCCCUAGAGCAGUACGAGAAAGGAGACGUUUGUGCACAGGAGUCCUUGCGACCCAUCAAAGACCAAUUGGCAGAGGCUGUCUCCACUUGCUUGGAUGCUGCUUUGUGUGAGGAAAAGCGCUACCUCGAGCGUCCGCGCCGCCGUGCCGCUUUUGAUGGUAAGCGGAGCCGGAUUAAGUUCCGGCGGCCGCUGAACGCGACCUUUGGUUGCGUUUGCGCCUGCGCUCCUCCGCCUGGCAGCUGGCGUCCUCGUGGGCUCCAGCGCUACAUCUUCGCCUUCGCCUUCGGCAUCCUGCUGGACACCGAGAAGGCCAUGUCCACCUAUGUGAGUGGCAGCAUCCUGACGGAUCGCCACGGCGUGCCGCAGUACAGCGGCGAGGCCGAGCUCUUCGAGGAGUACGAGGAGCGGGCCUGGGACCUUUUCCAUGGCAGAGAAGGGCAAGCCAACCGCGGAGGGAAUGAAGCUGCUGCUCAAGACUCUAAGGACUCCAUUGCAGCAGAGCUGCCAGUCAAAACCAGCGAGUUGUUCUUCCAAGCCUUCUACAGCCCCAAUGUCUGGCGGCGAAGCUCCGAGACGAUGCAACAAUACAUCGUUCGCCGUGAGCAGGACUUCAAGAGAUUGGAGGAGAACAACGCCGGAACUCAGGAGCAAACUUCGGUUCGCAGCUCCUGCAACAACGAGUACGACUUCGCCAAGAUCUCCCAUGCAAUGAGGAUCCAGUUUCCCAAUGCCGCCGGGAAGCAGGUUGUGCGCCGUGACUACCUGGGUGCUCGCUCCACUGGUGGUGGUCAUCUCCCUCAGCACCUGAUGAAGCUCCGAUGGAAACAACGCCUCGAAGGUAAGUCCAGGCAGAUCCUGGCUGUUGAGGACGAGCCCGGCUACGAGCAAGAUGAUGAUGAUGCCUACUACGAGGAUGAGGGCGACCACGUUGGUGAAGGGGACAGUGACGAAGCCUACCACCAAGGCUACUCGGACGAUGACAUCAUGGACGUGUUGCUCAAUGAGUUUCCUGAUAUGUCCGAGGAUCACCAAGUCGCCGAGGCCUAUGCCACAGUCGCUCAACACCGGUUCAACAAGAAGAAGAAGAAGUUUGGCACUUCAUCGAGAUCUACCACUCCAUCGAGCGCUACUACAGGUGCGUCUCAUCCGGUCGGAUUCACGGCCAAAGGGGAGAUGAGUUUUUCCGAGAAGGCUUGUGACCAGCGGCGGACUGCCGUGAAGCUCUUGAAAUCGGUGACGCCUUGCACCGUUUGUCACCAGAAAGGGCACUGGGCAGGAGAUCCCGAAUGUCCGUCUUCUGGCAAGGGCAAGGGAAAGGGCAAGAAAGGUGGCUCUCCAAAGAAGAAACCUCAGAAGAUCGCCACUACCAUGUUUGCGCACCACAGCCCAAAGGACGAAGAUUCCUCCCUUGCCGAGCAGUCCACCCCUGACUCUCCGGACGGUGGCUCAGAAUGCUACAUGACUGAAGGCCUCCAUUUGCUUGAGUAUCACAUGGUCCCUGAAGCCUCCGAAGUCCCGGAAGAGUUGAGCCUCUCCAGAAUUCGUACGACCCUGCUGGUCACUGAGGAGCCCGAUGUGAAGAUCACCGAUGCCAGUCGGCAGGUCAAGCGCCGAAAGCGAGUCGCAUUCAGCCAUGUUUGCGACGACUCCACUGAUGAUGCAGAGGCCCUGGUGCUCAUGUGCACGAAGUUUGGCACUGCAGGUCUCUACCGACGUGUCGGACAAGUUCGCGAUGAGUAUGAUCGAGAAGUCCGUUACCUGAAGACCCAAUCUGAGCCGCCCGCUCAGAGCAGAGCUGCACGAGGCACCAAGAUCACAUCAUCACCGACACCUUCGCCCUCUUCACCGUCCAAUGCAACUGGCGAAGGCUGGUCUUUGGUUGAUGCUUCAACCCCCUCAGGCUAUGGCAACAGCACACCACUGCAAGCACGGACCGCCAAGAUCGUGCGUGCAUCACGACAGCGUGUCUGGCUCUAUGGUGUCAUGAUUGCAGCAGACACUCCACUGCCUGAGAUCCCGACUCUCGAUGCCGAUGACAUGGACAUCUUGCAGCCUCUUCCACACGAUGGUGAGUUGGUGAACGACGGAGGCCCCUUUCAAGGCUACCGGUUCUGCGAGGUUGCAGAAAGCAUCAUGUGUGAGCACUACUGCAAGUCAGUGACGGGUCAUGUGCUCGGAAAUGAGUCUGCUUCGCCCGAGAUCUUCCGCCUCGCCUUCUACCUCUACGGCCGUCUCCGGUUGGUCAAGGCUGCUGCUGAACGUAUGGUCAGCCCUACCCGUGAAGAAGGAGAAGCCAAGGGGAAACGAGCGUCUGAGCCUGAUGAUGUUCAUGGUCUCCGGAAGAUCGUGGCACCCAUCCAGUACGACAUCAACGACCCAAACACUGUGAAGCCACACGAAUGUGAAUGUAUGAUGGUCUCCACCGACGAAAGCUUCGCCCUCUCAGCAGAAGACCACACCUGGCAUGGCCAUCCUCAAUUCCGGAUGUACAAGGACCAUGCAUGGCAAGUCCUGGGCCGAUCAGAUGGAGAAAGAACUUUUGGCCCGUGGUCUCUCUUCAUCAAAGAGUUCAAGAAGCCUGAUCUUCAAGGGGUCAUCCUGGCAUUGAACCUUUUGGACUUCAACACGGACAAGCUCGAUGAGUUCGUGAGCGAGUCUGAGGAGGAGAAGGAGAACCAGAAACCGUCUGAGGCACCCGAAGAACAGCCUCCUGGUCAGUUUGAUCCUGCUCAGGACCCUGAAUAUCUCAGUUGGUUGGAAAGCACGGCACCUCAUGAGUACACCAACGAUUACUGUGGUCUCAAUCCCGAUGAGUUCGAGGACCAUCAGGACAUCCUCGCCAUGAUGAGAAUGGAUGUUCAAGGCUAUGAUGAAUGCCACUUCGUGUGCGAUGAUGAAACGCUCUUCGCCGACAUUGCUUCCAAAGAGUACCGUGUCCGAAAGACCACCAACAAGAAAUGGAAGCGCAUCUGCGGCAUGGAGCAAGCUCUUGAAGAUGAAGACUUCCUUCACCGACGUGUCCUCCAAGGGCAACUCUCAAAGAUCCCACGACAGCCUCACUUUGGUCGAUGCUGGAUCAAGCAACUCUUUGCCGGACAGAUGGGCUUGACUCUUCUCGCAGCCCUGAUUGGCAUGGCCUGUGGCGUCCCCCUGGACUACAACAUCAGCGGCUGGGAUGCGACCACGUCACUUGGCAAGAAGCAGCUGCACCAUGAUAUGAUGCGUGAGGACCCCGACCUGACUGUGAUCACUCACCCCUGCGGUCCGUGGGGAAAUUGGUCCCGCUUCAACCUUGCCAAAAGCGGUCCUGCACAAGAAACUGUUGAGCAUCUUCGAGAAGAGAACCGUAGCCUCCCCCGCUCGGUCAACAAGACUGUUAAGGACCGAGUCCGUGCCAUGAGACAUGUGUUCCUGGAGCACCCACUGGGUUCCCAAAGCCUCGAUGAGCCCGAGAUGAAGGAUGUCAAGGCCAUGGUCGACAAUGGCACCCUCUUCUACAUCAUCGUUGAUGGUGGUCAAGUUGGCUAUAAAGAUGCCGAAAGUGGCCUUCCAAACAAGAAGCCAAGCCACUACAUCACCAGCAUGGUCGCUGCCGAGAGCGUUUUCGCUGACUGUCGUUGCGAUGGCUCUCAUGAACAUGAACAUCUUGAAGGACGCAACACCUAUGGCAGCAAGACAGCUCAAGCUUCUGUUUGGCCCCAUCAGCUCAACGAAAUGGUUUUGACCACCAUCAUGCAUCAGCGAGAGAUCGAGGUCUCCGAUGCAGAGUACCGCUCUCACGCAGCUGCUGGACUAGAUCCACUCCUUGACAAGACCGAAGUGCAACGUCGGCAAGAAUGGCUGGAAGUUGAGCCUGACUUGAGAAAGACCCUCCGGACUCUCCACGUGAACUUUGGGCACCCUUCAGGUUCCUACACCUUCAACAACCACCUCUCCUUGGAUGUCUUCUGCUGCCGCGAUGCAGCGAAUACUCAGUUUUCCUUCCUCAACAUCAUCGAUGAGGGCGCUGGCUUCCAAGUGGUGACUUGUUUAGGUGAAUCGCGAGGACCUCCUGCUUCAAAGGCAGUUCUCCGGCACAUCCUGACAUCAUGGUCAUCAUGGGCAGGAUUACCUCGCUCCAUUCAAGUUGAUCGAGGCCGUGAGUUCUUAGCUCAGUUUGCCGACUACCUCAAGCAAUUUGGAGUCGAGCAAGAAGCAAUGCCUCUUGAAGCGCCUUGGAAACAAGGCAAGGUGGAAAAGGCAGGUGGCUUCUGGAAAGAAGUGAUGAAGAAGGUUGUCACCGAGAGCCAGAUCAUUGGCCUGCAGGACAUCAUCACUGCCACCGUCAUCGUCACUCAGAUCCGGAACUCACAGCCCCGAGCAAAUGGUUUUGCUCCCACACAAUGGGUACUUGGACUACCAGAGGUUCGCAUCCCUGGCUCACUUCGUGUUGAUGAAGAUGAUGAUCAGUUGGCAAUGCUCGAGCAAGCACAAGAUCCGACCUCUGCAAUGGCCAAGAACAUGAGACCUUUUCCUGUGGGAUCCUAUGUCUACUUCCUCCGACAGCAAGCUGGUGCUGAUGAGCGGGGUUACAAAUGGUAUGGACCCGGGCGGAUUAUUGGAGUUGAACUUCGCAAUCCUCACCGCUCAGAAGAUCAAGACCUUCCAACUGAUGGUGGGCAACCGCAUGCUUACUGGCUUCGCUAUGGUCCAUCAGUUGUUUUGGUCACUGGUGAGCAGUUGCGCUAUGCGAGCGAAGAUGAACUCCUGGCAGCGCAUGUGACACCACAACACGUCCUCGAGCCCGAUUACAUCAAAGGUGCUCGGAACUAUGUGGAUCUCCGUCCCUAUGCACUGCCUAUUGCAAUGCCCGCUGGCCAAGAAGAAGAGAUGAUGCCUCCGGCGGUCCAUGACCAAGACGAUGAACAACCUUCACAGGCACCAUCGCUUCCAAGUGCCCCACUACAUUCAGCGCUACCUCUUCCAAGUGCCUCAGCUGAGGCUCCCAGGAUCACAGGGCCACCUUCCGCUGGGCAACUUCCUCCAGGACUCCAGUACCUGAAGGUGAUGAUGCUGAACUUAAUGAAGUACCACCUCAUGAUGGAUUCAGCCACGUUGGCGAGACACCGAACACGCAUCGAGCGCCCAUACUUGGCUGAAGCUGGUGUUCCAGAUGCCUUCCCUCACAUCACUGAAGCUGUCCAGAAUCUACGACGAAGUCGCCUUCAAGAAGUUUGGACAGGCAGUGAAGAAGAGAAGGAGGGGCAGGGGUCAGGCAAUGAAGGUGACAACGUCAAUCCCAAGCAUGUCGAGUUGGAGCACGACACCUACCUGACUGGCAACGCAGCCUCAAAGGGCGAGGUCAACAUUUGGCACCUCUCUCCGGCCGAUCGAGCUCUUUUCGAUGCAUCCAUGGCAAAAGAAUGGUCUUCAUGGCAGCGCUUCGGAGCUGUGGAGAUCCUCACUGAAGAGCAGGUCGAGAACUUACCUGACGACGCUCCAAUCGUCGGGACCCGUUGGGUGCACACCGACAAGAACAAACGACCUCGACUGAUGGCCGCCGCUAUGUCCAAGAGGACGGGCAAGACCAAGCAACAGAUCGAGAAGGAGUUCCCCUUCGAAGCAAAGUCAAGGAUGGUCGUGCAGGGCAACCAAGAAGAUGAAACUGGCAUCAGGUCAGAUAGCCCUACCGCAUCUUUGCUGGCCUUCAAGCUCAUUUGCGCCAUCUCUGUGAUGAUGGAUUGGAAUCUCCGAGCUUGUGAUGCCUCCACAGCCUACCUGCUGUCUCAGGGCAUCAGCAGGCUCUUGAUCCUGCGACCUCCAAGCCCGCCGCCUCCAGGAGUCUCCCCAUUCGACCUGCGAGCAAAAGGGUCCAUCCGAGAUGCUGGCAGCUCAUGGUGGAAGAAGCUCUUCAAGACUGUCAAGCACUACGGCUGGAUCAUGUCCCGCAUCGAGCAGGCCCUCUUCUACCUGUUCGUGGAUGGCAGCCUACAAGGCGUGAUGGCCACACACGUAGACGACUUGUUCUGCACCGGCGCUGGUGAGAAGUUCCAGGUUGACGCCAUCGAGGGCAUCGACUAUGUCAUCCUCAAGAAGGAAAGAAGGCUGGAUCUGCCGCCAAACCGGCCUGACCUGCUGGUCAAUGUCAGUCUGGCAAGCCAGACGAUGGGGAAGCCUACAAUCAAGGACAUCGUGGACUUGAACCGAGCGGUGAAGAUGCUCAAGGACACCGCCGACUGCCCACACCCAAAGCUCACUUGGGAAAGCUGCACCGUGGGCGUCUUUGCAGACAGCUCCUUCGCCAACACUAAUCAGAUGAAGUCGCAAUGUGGCUACAUCAUCGGCCUCACGAUCCCAGAGAUCAAGGAUGGUGGUGAAGCGCCCUUCCUGAUGGUCGAAGCCAAUUCCGGCUCCAUCAAGAGAGUCUGCCGCUCCACAUUCAAUGGAUUCCUCCAAGGCUCUGAGGCCGGCGACUACCUCCGGUCCAUCCUGGUGGAACUGAAGAACCCCGGUCGUCCGCUCCGGGAGUUGGAAAGUGAGUUUGGGAAGCCACCAAUGGUGGCAAUCACGGACGCAAAGUCCCUCGAGUCCACCAUCGUCAAGGACGCUGGUCAGCCAAGCGAUAAAAGGGUGAAGCUGCUAGUGGCGCAAGUGAAGGAGAUGCUCGGCUACACCGACUAUGAGGAUGGCAACCAGCAGGUGAUCUGGUGCGAUACCUCGCAGAUGCUGGCUGAUGUCCUGACAAAGUCAGGGUGCGAGCGAGAGCCGCUGCUUCAGGUGAUGGACACCUGUGUUUGGCGCCUGCAGCCUUCAGAGGAGGCCCGAGUGCGGAAGCUCAUGAUCCGCGCCGGCAGGGAGCUACGCAAGGCGCCCAUUGAGAUCCCUAUUACCCCUGCGCAGCUGGAGAAGCUUGGUAUAGCAGGCUUGAGCCUGAGGCUGGCACAGCGCCACUUCCACUUGCUUGCUAUGCGGAUCUGUGAGUGGGUGGGGCAUUCUCAAGAAAAGGUGCUUUUUCACUGGGCAUGCGAGAAGAUACGCCAUGCAAGAGGCUCACCACAGACAGACGAACAGCUAUGUCAUACAAUUCUGGACAAGUUUCAGCGCUGCCCUGGCAUUGGCUUCGCAGAAGUGGCACGUGUGGCAGCUGAGAUGUACCGACCACAUUUGGCAACCUUGCUGUUGAACCAUGAGCCACGAAGCCACGCACAAGUGGAAGUCUUGGUGCAGCUGAGCAGAGAAGGAGACGAAAAGGACAGAGAUAUCAUGCUGCGCUUGGCUUUGGAUAAAGCUGCACGGAGCUGGGAUCCCGAUCUCAUGAACUCUGCACUUUCUGCUGCCUGCUUCGGGGAUCCGUGUGAACGAAGGUCUGACAUUCAGAGCUGUGCCAAACUAAUCAAGGAACGACUUUAUGAACUUCAAGUGGUGGGUGAUAUGGUAACCAGACAGCUGAUGCGGGAGCAGUUUGAUCGAGCACGAAUGUUCAAUGAUCUUCUGGACAGAAAGCGCCAAGCAGCCUUUGCAGCCCUGCACAGGGUCUUCCGACAAACGAGCUAUGAUGAGCGGACCAAGUUGCUGAGGUUUUCGAAAGAUCUAUUUGGAAUGAAUGACCCAAUAGCAACGGAUGCCGAAAAGUCCUCCAUGCAAUUUAUGGCCCAAUCCUGCGCAGAGGAAAUGGAGCUCUUAGCAGAGCAACUCUCUUUAGAGGAAAAGGCAACUGCAAAGAGCUGGGGCCGUGGCCGGACACAGCGGUUUUUGGGUUUGCCUCUCGUGACCACCUUGGUGAAGCUUUUGGAGUUAGGAGAGGUCCGCGAAGCAGACGAAUUGAGAAAAACCAUGAAGGUCUCGGACAAGCGCUACUGGCGCAUCAAGAUUCGCGGCUUGGCGAAUGCCGGAAACUUUGAGGAGCUCAAUGCCUUUGCUAUAGUCAACUCCCCCAUCGGUUACGAGCCGUUUGUAGAAACUUUUUUGAAACAUGGGAGGCAAGACUUUGCCCUGGCCUUGGUGCCAAAGGUAAAAAGUGGUGAGCAGCAAGCACAAUACUACCAACAGAUGGGUCUGCAUGACCAAGCCCAGCGAGCCCGACAAGGACAAGAGCGCUCAGGCGCAGGUCGUUUGUUGAACAUCUUAGGCGUGGGCCGGUGA